AUGGAGACAAACUCGACUGGAAAUGGAAGAUCACUGAUCGCCGUAUGUCAACUCACUUGCGGUGAUGACUUGGAGAAGAACUUUGAAGCCUGUAAGAACAUGGUCGAGAGAGCGUCUGCUCGAAGUUGUAAGAUGAUAUUCUUCCCAGAAUUCUUCGACUUCGUUCCUCGGGAUCCGCAGGAAAACAUAAGCUUAGCAUCAGAGGAGAACGGUCCUUUUAUGGAACGCUUUAGGUCUCUAGCGAAACAGCAUGGUGUCUGGAUGUCGCUUGGCGGGUUCCACAAUAAGGAUCCCUCUGGUUCCUUGCCAUGGAAUUCCCAUAUAAUAAUCGACAAUGAAGGCAACACAAGAGCACUUUAUAACAAACUGCACCUCUUCGAUGUGGACAUUCCAGGCAAAGUGAGAUUCAUGGAAAGUGAGCUCAGCCGAGGAGGAAUUAAGAUGGUUCCUCCUGUGGCCACGCCAAUCGGGCGAAUCGGUUUAGGCGUUUGUCACGACCUCAGGUUUGCUGAAUUGGCUUUAUGGAAUCGUUACAAGGGUGCAGAGAUUCUCUGUUACCCUUCGGCAUUUACACUAUACAACGGCAUAGCUCAUUUUGAGGUGAGCAAUGGUUUUUUGAGUAGAUUUUAA